GAAUUUGCGUCUCUUCUUUCAAGACAAGUUGCAGAGAUGGUUGAUUGAUCAGCUCAAUCCAGAGCACGCAGCUGAUUUAUUAGCUCAAUACAGAGCACGCAGAUGACUUAUCAGCUCAAUACAAAGCACAUUGGCAGGGAGGUUCGCUGCGUUCGCAUGUCGUUUCCCUGGCCGCGUGAUGUAGCAAGAUUCGGCAUUGCCGACAGCAAGAUAACAGAAAGACCAUACCAUACACUACAAGAACAAGCUGCCACUUCACUUCUGUCAGCUACAGCUGUAGUUACAGAUAGUCUGCUGAUUCUCUGCUAUGACAGCUACAACAGAACGGCCCCGAGCCGUGUACUCCAGUGCUGGUGAUUUCCGCUCAGACACAGUGACGAUCCCUGAUGAUGCCAUGUUUGCCGCUAUGAAGCAAGCGCAUCUUGGCGACGACGUCUACAAUGAGUCAGAAACCACACAAGAUCUCGAACAGUAUAUUGCUGAUCUAUGCGGGAAAGAGGCAGGCUUGUUUUGUACCUCUGGGACUCAAGGCAAUCAAAUCUGCUUGAGGACGCAUUUGAUGCAGCCGCCUGCGAGUGUCUUGUGUGAUAAGCGCGCUCACAUCAUCAACUACGAAGCGGCAGGUCUUGCGAUCUUCAGUCAAGCCAUGCCACAACCUAUUGUUGCCAAGAAUGGCAAGUACUUGACACUUGAAGAAAUUCAGGGGGAACUCAUCACGGGUGAUGACAUUCAUUUCGCAGACACACGGAUUGUUUCUCUUGAGAAUACACUCAAUGGUGUUGUCUUUCCUUAUGAAGAGAUGAAGCGGAUUAGCGAAUGGGUCAGAGCACAACCUGGUCAGCGCAUCGUGAUGCAUCUCGAUGGUGCACGACUCUGGGAGGCAAGUGCAGCGACGGGCGUAACGAUGCAGCAGUAUGGAGAGUUAUUUGAUACCAUGUCACUGUGUCUGUCCAAGGGUAUCGGUGCACCCAUUGGCACCGUCAUCGUUGGCACAAAGGAUGUCAUGACGCGCGCAAAGCGAUUUAGAAAGAUGAUGGGUGGUGGAUUACGACAAGUCGGUAUCUUGACGGGUGCAGCGCGAUAUGCAUUGGAUCAGCAAUUCCCACGAGGACUCAAGCGUGUCCAUGAGAUGGCUGCACGAGCUGCACAACAAGCACAGGAUGCUGGACUGACGUUGAAGUUUCCGGCAAACACAAAUAUGCUUUGGCUGGAUUUGGGAGCUUCCGGCAUUGAGGUGGACGCAUGGAUCAAGCAAGCGAGUGCGCUGGGGCUCAUCAUCAGUGGCGAGAGACUUGUCUUUCACCACCAAAUCUCAGAGAAGAGCGAACAGGCUGUGGCUCAGCUGAUUCAACAUUUUGCACGAUGAUGACGCCUUUGAUAAAGCAGUGUUACACUCCAUACUUGCAUUGAUAGUUGCACUUAGGUUGAGGCCAAAAGCGCUUGCAGGCUGUUUAGAAUAUGUACAAGAUGUCCUUGAGACAUAGCGCAUGCCCAGGCAAGCAUUCAAGCUGACGAAACAACUAGCAAGUACAGCCAAAGACAAAGGGAGAUUCCAUUGAGGAUGCACCUGAUGCGGCUGGCUACCAUUUGAAGCUACAGCUAUACAUUGGGACAGCCGACACAACAAAGUAGUGUGAGUAAACACCAGUACUUGGCGUAGACAAGCCAGUCGAUGCUAGCAAGCCUUUCAGCUAGUAAGCCGCACUAGUCCCAGCUCUUCCGGCAGCAGAUGAAGCCGAAGCAAGCAAGCAUCCAGCUGCUUUUGUGAUGUCGCUUUGUUGGAGGUCUGUUUCGAGG